AUGGUUUCAAGAACAUCCUUGUUCAAAUCCUUGGCCAAUUCAGCUCUGGAAAGCAUUAGAGCUGCCAAAACAUCUCCUAGUUUAGCCAAGUUGCCUACUUCUACUGGAAACAACUACUCAAAUUUUCAAAGUCUUAAUCAAUCGCAAAAAGUUGAGAUUCUUUCAGCAGUCAAGUCAUUGCAGUGCUACCUGUUUCAUGCUCAGGAGGUCAACGAGAGAAGGAGACUGUUGUUUACGCAUUUGAAGUACCGUCAGCAAUCACUCGCAAAAGAUGUUGGAUACUGGAAACGGCUCGAACUUAUUGACAAGGCGAUUGAGAAGAAUCAAAAAUUCCUUGAUGAUGUUGCUGAUUACACGAUUGGGGAGUAUGGCUUAUCAGUAAAAGAUUUUGAAUUAAUCGAGAAUGCACAAGGCAGUGUUGCAAGUGGUAACAACUUUAGAGUUAUUGAAGCUUUGGGUCAUUACACUCGUGAUUGGGCAACAGGGCCCCUUAGCCCUGAAUUGAGACCUAUUUUCGACUAUGUAGCAUCUCAAUUGGAGUUGGCCAUUGAUUUCAAACAAAAGAAAGACACUGUAUUGAUUUUUCCUGGAAGUGGGUUGGGAAGAUUGGCUCAUGAAUUUAGCAAGUGGGACUAUGGGGCAGUUUACUCCGUCGAGUAUUCAGGAUUGAUGAACCUGCUUGUUGGAUACAACUAUAGCAAGCAUCUGGCAAAAAAACUGCACACAAUUUAUCCCUAUAUACAUACAAACUCAGACUACUACAACACUGAGUCGCAGUUGAGAACUUUCGAAUAUACCCCUAUAGGAGAUACUGGGAAACCUCAAAGCUUGCACAUUGUUAAUGAAGAUUUCACAAAAUUUGAUAUACCUAAUAGAGACAAGUACAAGAAUGUUGUUGUAGUAUCUGUGUUCUUUUUGGACACAGCCGAAAACCUAUUCACUUAUUUGGACACCAUUGGGAAAUUGGCAAAGCCACUGGGUAAUGUGGAACGAGGGUAUUGGAUCAAUGCAGGUCCCUUAAAGUACGGGUCGGCAGCACAAGUUGAAUUCAAUGCAGAUGAGUUGAAGGAUAUUCGUAAGGCAUUGGGAUGGGUCGAUGAACAAAGCGUUUACACGAUAUGGGAUCCUUUGUCAGUGGGAAACAAAACUGGACUCGUUGGCUAUCUAACUGACAAGGAAAGUAUGUGGCAGGGUUAUUACGGGUUAAAUUUGUUUACAGCUUCGAGAAAGGAGAACAACCUGUAUAAAUUAUAG